CCGCCGGACAACUUCCGGUGUGGCUGCGGAGGUUCGUGGAAGUAAGUGCUGGGUGGCUGCGAGAUGACGACGCUCAGGGCUUUCACGUGCGAUGACCUUUUCCGCUUCAACAACAUUAACUUGGAUCCACUCACAGAAACUUAUGGAAUUCCUUUUUACUUACAGUACCUUGCCCACUGGCCAGAGUAUUUCAUUGUUGCAGAGGCACCUGGUGGAGAGUUAAUGGGUUAUAUUAUGGGUAAAGCAGAAGGCUCAGUAGCCCGGGAAGAAUGGCAUGGGCAUGUUACAGCUCUGUCUGUUGCCCCAGAAUUUCGACGUCUUGGUUUGGCUGCUAAGCUUAUGGAGUUAUUAGAGGAGAUUUCAGAAAGAAAGGGUGGCUUUUUUGUAGACCUUUUUGUAAGAGUGUCAAAUCAAGUUGCAGUGAAUAUGUACAAGCAGCUGGGCUACAGUGUAUACAGGACUGUCAUAGAGUACUACUCAGCCAGCAACGGGGAACCUGAUGAAGAUGCCUAUGAUAUGAGGAAAGCACUUUCCAGAGAUACUGAGAAGAAAUCCAUUAUACCACUACCUCAUCCUGUGAGGCCUGAAGAUAUUGAAUAACCAUGGGCAGUGGUUCUUAGGCUGAGGUCCCAAAUAUUUUAUAGACUAUUAUUUUCUAAUCACUUAAAGACUUCAAGAAAAAUACUGGCUAUAAACUUGUUAUAUCUGUUUUCAUUUAGCAGUAUCAUAGCUGUUUACUGUUAAGAUUCAAACAGGCAGCUAGAUCAGAAGGAAACAUUCCAUCAUCACAGUUCAUAGUAUUCACUGUAUGCUGAGGGAAAACAUUGGUACAAUUUCCUUCAAAAUUCUGUGCCUGAGAGCCACUGCCACACACACAUAUAUAUAUUUUGUAUUGAUCUGUUAAUUGAAACUUUAAAAACAUAUAUGAAAUGUAUAAAUCUAAGAUGUAUAAUAAAGUACAUUUUAAUUCUA